AAUAAAAAUUAUAGCUAAAUACAUACCUGCACAGGGGUGGAUACAGGAUUUUUUCUCCUUAAGCGAAAUAUUGAGCAGAGCAAAACAUACGCAUAUCUUUUGCGAAGCGAAACAUGCGCGUGUACUGCUACAGCUGGGGAUGUCAGUCAGGGAAAUCAUGAGAUUGAGGGAUCCCUCAAUUGAGGCAUCCAAAUUUUCCGAAUUUAAGAUCCCUCAAUUAAGGGGUCCCUCAGUUGCACGAUACGCGAGCACCAAUUGUUUCUGGCAAGCUAGGCAACAAACUUGGUAUACUAAUCUACAUUCUUUAAUUAUGUGCCAACGAGGUUUAUCGUAAAUGUCAAACGUGAUGUAAACACAUGAAGGCUAUGUUUCAAAGGAGCAUUACAUGUUUCAGUAAUGUGUGAAAGCAAAAAUAAUUUUUUGCACUGGUUUUGAGGCAGGAGUGUAACUAUCUAGAUUUUUUUUUUUAAAAUAACUGACAAAUGGUAGCUGUAAAGACAGAGAUCAAGCCGGGAAAUUUAUGCAUUUGUGCAGCUGUUUACUUCAUGAAUCUUGGUCAGAUGGUCAGUUAUUUACAGUGAAACACGUAGUAACGUCGAAGGCGUACAGCAAAUCUGUCAUAAAAGAAAUGAAAGAAAAAAAUAUUUUCCCGAAAUUUGAAAUUAACCUAUGUACAGCAUGUUAUAAUCAUUUUAGGAGACGUGAUACCACUCUAGAUGAAGACGGAAACUCUCUAUCAGAUUGUUGUGUUGAAUCUUUGUCAACUUCAACUAUGGAAGAAUCCAUGCCAGAAGUAGUUGAAGCCUCAUCUUUCCGUAAUAACGAUCCUGUAGAUGGCUUUUGUGACAGGGUGAACAACGAUCUUUCUGAUUUGAUCAAUCAUUUAAAGACAAUGAAUGAGGAACAUUUAAGUCAUGUAAAUAGCAGUAAACUGGAAGAAUUGUUGGAGGUUUUAGGUUCAAAGUUUGUAAGAAAGAACGUUGCCAAAGAUAUUAAAGAAAUUAGAUUUAAGUACAAAGAUCCCAGUUACUUGAUGAACUUAGGUUCACAGUCUUUUCUACUGGAACGGGACGAAUUUAUCUCAUCUUUCAUUUGUUCAAUUGCUAGUAUCAAAAUAGAAGAUCAGACAAACAAAACCUUUUUGUAUUGCUUAGCUGUGACUGUGGAAAUGAUAUACUUUCUGCAGAAUCAAAAUGUAAUAUUGCCACACUGUUUUAUGAUGAACUUGGUACAAGCUUUCGUCUCUGGGUCUAAAAUUGUCUCAGUGGUAAAUGGUAAAGCAGCUCCCGGUGCCAGUUACACUACAUAAAAGGGAUGGAUUGCAGCUAGAGGAGCCAAAAAAAUUGAAACUCCUUCCAAAGUAGAUUUGAUCACAUAUUUUGAUAGUAUGGGGAAAUACAUUGUGAAAGACUACAGAGUGUUAUCAUCCGAGCGCAAAACUGCAAACGUGAUAACAGCCAUGCUAAAUUUUAUUUUGAAAGAUACUUUUUUACAAAAUAAGGAAAGUUUAAUGUCUGGCAAACUACGAGCUGUAUACAGCACUUCUGAACUGCAAUCACGCAUGAAAGCCAUCAUUGAUAAAGCCAACGUAACAUUCAGAACUUUGAGAGUAAGGUUCAUUGAGAAAAUUUUGAAAAAAGUUUCUUCCGAGAAUGACGAUGUUGAAAAGAAAGUUUUAUGACUAUCAGCUGCCAGAAGAAAAUGUACCAACUCCCUAUGCGGAAAAGAGUCUAGUCAAUGAAGAGGAAAUGUGAUGUAUGUUCCUCCAAAGUUAUCAAGGAAGUGAAAGAAAAUGUUCGAUUUACUACUUAAGGUUUACCAGUAACAUAAAGAAAGCAGACAUUAGAUGAGAAUGUUACUACUAACAAAGUAAGGUUACAGAUGGGGAA